AUGGUCAAGGUCCUUACUGGUAGAUCUGCCUGCCCUCACACAUUGCCCUCCUUCACCGCUGACCUCCCUGCAGUCAACUUCCUUACUUGCGCUGCCAAGGGGUGCACCUCCAGUCCCAAGGCAUACCCUCUGCACUUCCAGGAUGCCGAGCUGAUCCUGCAGGAGAUGGACUUUAACCCCGUCUUCAUCGCAAAUAUCCUUCCUCGGGUAGAGUGGCCGGCACUGCUUACUACCACAACGGAGCUCGGAAACUCUGCCAACGUCCCACAGCAGAAGCCUGAGGACGUUGACCCGGAGCGUGACGAGGAGAUGCUCAAGGCAUUGCACGAGGUCCUCCUGGAGACUCAGGUCAUGUCUGGCAAGUUGGUGUGUGGAAACUGCGGUCAUGUUUACGAGGUGCGCGACGGCAUUCCGAACAUGCUCUUGAACGAGCACGAAAUCCCUACCUCGGCUUAAAAUCAUGCACGCAUUUGAGGGGUAUAC